CUGAGACACGCACUUUCCUUCUGAUUGGCGUUACCAUGGAGAGCGUUGCUAUGUGACGCUUGAUGAUAUCCAGGAAGACGCUGGCCUGGUGGUAGCAAGGAGGGGAGAAAUGGACGAUAACUUUAAGCUCGGAGAUGCUGGAGCGGUAAAAAAUGUUGCAAAGUCAGGACGAAGAGCUCGCCUUGCAGCAGACCAAUCAUCCUUUGAAGAUUCUCGUUACGUAAGGAAGUCCUCCACCUCUGCUUCAAUGGGAGAAGAAUCACAGGAUGACGACGAGGGCCCCCCUCCUAAACCAGCCCGGCGGCAGGGUGGCUGGGCAGAAGAAAGCUCUGGGUCUGGUUCUGCCAAAUCUUCAAGAAGACCUGCAGCUGAAGACCUGGAAGACCGCCGCCUGCGACCACAAACUCCCCAGGGUUCAGAUGAUGAAGGAGAUAUUCCAGUGAUUCCAGACCUUGAAGAAGUACAGGAAGAAGAUCUCACCAUGCAAAUUGCAGCUCCACCAAGCAUCCAGGUGAACCGGGUAAUGACCUACAGAGAUCUCGACAAUGAUCUGAAGUAUUAUUCUGCAUUCCAGACCUUAGAUGGAGAGAUUGACUUGAAGCUCCUCACCAAGGUUUUAGCGCCAGAGCAGGAGGUGAAAGAGGAUGAUGUGAGCUGGGACUGGGAUCAUCUGUUUACAGAGGUGUCCUCAGAGCUGCUGAUGGAAUGGGAUCAAGGAGAGAGUGAGGAGCAGGCUGCAUUGCCUGUAACAUGAGGAGGAGGUUUGGACUAGGACUUUAAAUGGCUCCAGUGGGAACCAAACAGUGACUUUGGUUAUAGUAACUUUAAUUACAGUUUGUUAUCCAGAAUGUAUAUUUUGUAAAGUGUAUAUACAGUGUUUUUUGUAUUUUCUAAAUAAAGUUCACUGUGCAGUAAA